AUGUCUGCCAACCAGACCAACUUCACCGCCACCCCCAUCCCCGGUGGCUUCGCCGGCGUGAGCGAUGAUUCCGACCUCCGCGCGUUUGCGGUGCGCUUUAUGCAGGAGUCGGGUGCUCCUGGCUGUCUUGUCCGGAUGACUACUCCGGAUUCUGGCCAGGAUAAUCCCACUGUUUCCACUUGUCUUGUCGACCGGGAUGGCAAUAUUCUCGUCCUUCACCGCACCACCGACGCCCCCCCCCCUGCCAACAACAACAACUAG